AUGCAGGAGUGGAAGAUCACUAAUGAUCCUGUGAUUUUGGACAUUGUACAGCACUGUCAUCUGGAUAUUCAGAAAUCUGAUAUUGAGCAUUUAUUUUUUGGUGAGCUGUGCUAUAAAUUUAAUUUAGAGGAGCAACUUAUUAUCAAGGAGGAGAUUGACAGCCUUUUAGACCUUGGGGUUCUUGUGAUUACAGAAAGACACCCAGAACAAGUUAUUUCUCCCAUUUUCCUGAGACCAAAGAAGGAUGGUGGUUAUAGGAUGGUUCUAAACUUAAAGGAGCUUAACAAAUAUGUUCCUUAUAAACACUUUAAGAUGGAGAAUUUUGAGCAGGCUAUUAGACUGAUCAAUGCUGGGGAUUAUCUUGCUUCCGUGGACCUUAAACAUGCCUAUUACUCUGUUAGGAUUGCGGAAGAGCAGCAGAGGUAUUUAUGCUUUAAGUGGGAUGGCAUUUUCUAUCAGUUCACGUGUCUCCCUAAUGGCUUUUCAGAGGGCCCGAGGAUUUUUACUAAGUUGAUGAAGCCCGUGUUUGCUGCACUCAGGGGUAUGGGUUACACCAUUACUAGCUUUAUAGAUGACAGUCUGCUGUGUAAUCAGUCUAGGGCAGGUUGCAUUGCUUGCAUUAAUGACACCAUUGCUCUUUUGCAGAAGUUAGGUUUCUGCAUUAACAGUAAGAAGUCUGUGUUGGUCCCUACCAGGUGUAUUGAGUACUUAGGAAAUGUGAUUAAUACUACUUCUAUGACAGUUUCUUUACCUGAACGCAGGGUUCUCAAGGUUAUGACUGCUUGUACGGAUCUUAUAAAAAAGUCCUCAGCUAGGAUCCGGGAAGUAGCUAGGGUUAUUGGUCUACUGGUGGCUGCCUUCCAGGCUGUGGAAUUUGGCAAGUUGCAUUACAGGCACUUAGAGAAAGAGAAAAUUGCAGCUUUACAGACAGGCAUUGGGGACUUUGAGCUCUGGAUGCCCAUAACAGAUGCUAUGAAGGCUGACCUGCAAUGGUGGCUUGAUAAUGUUGCUACACAGGUUCGAAAAAUUUUUACUUCUGGCACUGAGAUUGAUUUGUAUAUGGAUGCCUCCACUCUAGGUUUGGGUGGCCAUCUCCAACAUAGGUCUAGAUCUGGCAGUUGGUCAAUGGUUGAGAAGUCCUUGCAUAUUGAUGCUCUGGAACUUAAGGCUAUUUUAUUUGCCCUUCAGGCUUUUCAUCUUGAACUCAAAGGGAAACAUGUGCAGGUUUUUUGUGAUAACACCAUUGCCCUUUCCUAUGUAAAUGAGAUGGGGGGUAUAAAAUCGGCCAUGUGUAAUGACAUUGCGAUUCAGAUCUGGGACUGGUGUGUAGCUAAUGAUGCCUGGGUCACCUGUUCUCAUAUACCUGGAAAGGAGAACACGGCGGCAGACACCGCAUCAUGUAUUGUCAAUGAUAGGCAUGAGUGGCAGCUCAAUGUGCAUAUUUUCAGGCAGCUUUGUGGCACCUUCGGCUCCCCUGUUAUAGAUUUAUUUGCGUCUAGGCUUAACAACCAAGUGCCUUUUUACUGCUCCUGGAGGCCAGACCAGGGGGCAGCACACUUUGAUGCGUUCUCUCUGAACUGGGCACAAUUUGAGCUAUCUUAUAUCUUCCUUCCAUUUGCCUUAAUUACUAGGUGCCUGCAGAAGUUGAAGGAGGAGGCGGCGCGUGCAUGGAUGGUUCUGCCGUUGUGGAUGUCACAACCCUGGAUGGGCCAGCUGCUUUGCCUGCUGGUGGCUCCUCCCCAUCUUAUUAUGCUGAAGAAGGGGGUAUUGAGUCACCCGUCAUCUCGCGGGGGAGCACCUGGUCAUGAAGCACACUCGGCUGAUGGCGUGCUUGCUGUUGGGCAACAAUUGCGAGCACGAGGCAUUUCUGAGGCGGGUGCGGAAAUCAUCCUGGCCUCGUGGAAACCAGGUACAGCCAGGCAAUACAAGCCACAUAUCACGCGGUGGUCACAAUUUUGUGCUAGAUGGGACGUCAAUCCCCUUGCUCUCUCUCUAUCAGACAUUAUUAACCUUUUGUCUGCCAAUUUUCCCAGGGACCUGGGUUAUGAGGCGGUCAACACUGCGAGGAGUGCACUCUCUUCACUGGGCAUUGUGAUAGAUGGAUGCCGAGCUGGUAACCACCCCUUGGUUACCCGCUUUAUGAAAGAGGUUUUUAACCUUAGGCCCCCUAUGCCCAGGUAUACUGCCACUUGGGAUGUUCAGCCGGUUCUUGCAGAACUUAAAUCUAUGUCCCCCUUGCACAACUUGUCCCUUAAGGACCUUACCCUUAAGCUUGUUAUGUUGAUGGCGCUGACCCAUGCAGCGAGGGUGCAGACUUUGCAUUUGUUAAUUCUUACUGACAUUAGUGUUGCUCAGUCCUAUAAUACUCUGAGAUUGCGUGGUACUCUUAAGCAAGCCAGGCCGGGUUUCAAUGUGUGUGAAGUUCGGUUGAAGGCUUAUUCUCAGGAUGCUAGUUUAUGUGAGCUGCCGAUCCAAAGGCCGGAGCGAUCCCGAUCCACCUGUAGCAUCAACAUGAAGAUCAAAUUCAUAAUAUUAGAAUUUAGAGGGACUCUCAUGCUUGAAUGA